CCGGUCGGCGGUCUCACUGCUGCUGCUAUCGCGGUGACUGGCGCACGUGGUGUGUGAGGAGUAGGAGUAGCAGCAGUCCCAGCAGAGACGGAACAACGAAAGCCAUGGACGUCUCGCUGUCCGGGAAGCGCGUGCUGGUGACGGGCGCCGGCCGCGGGAUCGGCAGGGCUCUGGCGAUCCGCGCCGCCGCCUGCGGAGCGCACGUGAUCGCCGUCUCGCGCACCCAGCAGCACCUGGACACGUUGAAGGCCGAGUGUCCCUCGGUGGAGACGGUGACCUGCGACCUCGGCGACUGGGAGGCGACGCGUAAGGCGCUCGAGCCUCUGGAGCCGGUCGACUGUCUGGUUAACAACGCCGGCAUUGUGAAGCACGCGCCGUUCAUGGAGAUCACAGAGUCGCAGAUCGACCAGACGUUCGGCGUCAACCUGAAGGCGGUUAUCAACGUGUCGCAGGUGGUGGGCCGCGGCAUGGCCGAGCGCGGCAAGGGCGGCGUCAUCGUCAACGUCUCGUCGAUUCUGUCGACAAUGGUGAAGGGGACGGCGGUGUACUGCGCCUCUAAGGCGGCGCUGGACCACCUAUCGCGCGUCAUGGCGCUCGAGCUGGGACCCAAGGGGAUCCGGGUCAACACCGUCAACCCGGGCGUGGUCAGGACGGACAUGACGGAGAGGAUGUGGCAGGACCCGGAGAGGGCGGCCGCCCUGCAGAAGGCCGUACCGCUGGGCCGCUUCGCCGAGACUGAGGACGUGGUUGGACCGAUCCUGUUUCUGCUCAGCGACAGCUCCUCGCUCGUCAGCGGCGCGUCUCUGCUGAUCCACGGCGGCAGCGCCAGCGCCUGAGUGGACUGCACGGCGUCUCUGCUGCUCCAGUGGCGUCUCUGCUGAUCUAGUGGCGUCUCUGAACAUCCAGUGGCGUCUCCGCUGAUCCAGCGGGGGUGGCACACUCGUCUGAACCAAUCCACUGCAGUCUGAGAUGAUCCGUGAUGUCGUCUGAGAUGGUCUGCGGUGGUCGGAGAUGGUCCGUGAUGUCGCCUGAGCCAGCAUAUCCGUAACGCCAGCCUAGUGUCGGAGUGCCGAGCUGCUAAACUGUCAUAUGCGCCAUAUGUGGUGCUGUGUGAAUUAAUUAACUACAUGUGACCACUCAAUGCAUAGAGCGCGUGUCAAUUAUAUGGAUGCAUAUUAGGCACAUGGAAUGAGAUUAUGAUCAGA